AUGGGCGAGGGCGGCUGGCUGGAGAGCUCCGGCGCGGGGGACGGCAGUUCGCAAGGGAGGGCGGCGGCGACGACGGCGGAGGCGCGCGAGAAUCGUAGCACCCUGACGCCACCCAACCCCUUCGCCGUCAACGACCCCGCGCCCAUCGCCGUACGCCGGAGGCCACCUCACCGGAGCCUCUCCACCUCGACCACGCCGUCCUCGUCCCCAUCCCUGACGCCGCCCGCCACCUCGACGCCGUCACCCGAGCCGGUGACCUCGCGCACCCUGGCCUCCCCCUUGCCCGCGCGCCUGGCCGCGCCGGGGCCAGGCUCGCCGCCUCGGCGCUCGUCGGUCGUCGCUCAUUCCGGCCGCCUCUUCAUCGCCGGACCUCGCCGGGGCUACCGCCUCCGCCCCGCAGCUUCUCCGUCGUCCCCGCGCCACGCCUCCCCAAGUCUCUACUCUGCCUCACUCCUGCCGGCCAGCUCGUGCGGCCGACGGACCUCACAGGCAGGGUCCAUCCGGCCUCCCCGAGCCCUCCUCUGCAACGAUGUGAGCAUCCGGCUCCCCCUGGCCUCUCCCCUCUCCUCCCCGUGCCCUCCAGUGGCGGUUGCCGCUAGCUCCGCCGUAGUCGCCGCCUUCCAUCACCCCCGGCGCUGUUUCGGCCGCUCCUAG